AUGAUAAAUCAGUCUGUUUUCUUAAUCCUUUCACGAUUAUCACUUCUCUGUUCAUUACUCCCGGCAAUUAUAUUAUCUGCGAACGAUAAAACCGAUAUUCCUGUAAUUGAAGGCAAUAAUCCUAAAUUUCUUCGUACUAGCGUUGAUAACCUUCAAGGCAGUACUUCCCCCGCACGUGAACAAAAAAUAAAGAAUGUUAUUGGAGGCGUAUACUCAAAUAAUAUAACACUAUACUUCCGUAAUUCACCUUAUCUGGUGGAAAGUGAUUUAAUAAUAGAAACGGAAGCAGUACUGACAGUUGAGACAGGUGUGCACAUUUAUUUCAAUCCAGGUGUUGGUAUUACUGUGAAAGGAACUAUUUUGUUUCAACACUUUGAUAUGAGAGAAAAUGCAUUAUGUUAA